AGCCCCGCCCCGGCCUAUCCGGCCCAGCAGAGGUCCCGCCUGUCCCGGGAGAGGGAGCUCCACAGAGGCUCUGACAGGCAGCCAGGCGGACAAGCUGACCGAGGGGCCUAGCCAAGCACAGGCGCUGAGGGACGCAGCGCAGGUCUGCCUUCCCUGACACUGGCUACCACUGGGAACAUCAUGAGCCAGUCAGCAUCCAUGAGCUGCUGCCCAGGAGCUGCCAAUGGCAGUCUGGGCCGGUCUGAUGGUGUGCCCAGGAUGAGCGCAAAGGACCUGUUUGAGCAGAGGAAGAAGUACUCCAACUCCAACGUCAUCAUGCACGAGACCUCACAGUACCACGUGCAGCACCUGGCCACAUUCAUUAUGGACAAGAGUGAGGCUAUUGCAUCAGUGGAUGAUGCCAUCCGGAAGCUGGUACAGCUGAGUUCCAAGGAGAAGGUCUGGGCCCAGGAAGUUCUGCUGCAGGUGAACGACAAAUCACUGCGACUGCUGGAUGUUGAGUCUCAGGAGGAGCUGGAGAACUUUCCGCUGCUCACUGUGCAGCACAGCCAGACAGUGCUAAACCAGCUGCGCUACCCCUCUGUGCUGCUGCUGGUGUGCCAGGACUCAGACCAGAACAAGCCCGACAUCCACUUCUUUCACUGUGAUGAGGUGGAGGCGGAACUUGUCCAGGAAGACAUUGAGAGUGCCCUGGCUGACUAUCGGCUGGGGAAGAAGAUGCGGCCACAGACCCUAAAGGGACACCAGGAGAAGAUCCGCCAGCGGCAGUCUAUCUUGCCUCCUCCACAGAGCCCAGCCCCAAUUCCCUUCCAGCGACAGCCUGGAGAUUCCCCUCAGGCCAAGAACCGUGUUGGCCUGCCAGUGCCAGUGCCAUUCAGUGAACCAGGCUAUCGCCGCAGGGAAUCCCAGGAUGAAGAGCCGAGGGCUGUGCUGGCUCAGAGAAUAGAGAAGGAGACUCAAAUCCUUAACUGUACCCUGGAUGACAUUGAAUGGUUCGUGGCCCGACUGCAGAAGGCAGCUGAGGCUUUCAAGCAGUUGAACCAGCGGAAAAAGGGGAAGAAGAAGAACAAGAAGGGGCCAGCAGAGGGUGUCCUUACGCUUCGGGCACGUCCCCCCUCAGAGGGAGAGUUUGUUGACUGUUUCCAGAAAACCAAGCUGGCUAUCAACCUGCUGGCAAAGCUGCAGAAGCACAUCCAAAACCCCAGUGCGGCUGAGCUGGUGCACUUCCUCUUCGGGCCUCUGGAUCUGAUCAUCAACACCUGUGGCGGCCCAGACAUAGCACGCUCUGUCUCCAGCCCUUUGCUGUCCUCUGAUGCUGUGAGCUUCUUGCGUGGCCACCUGGUCCCCAAAGAGAUGACACUGUGGGAAUCAUUGGGGGAGACUUGGAUGAGGCCUCGCUCUGAGUGGCCCCGGGAGCCACAGGUGCCACUCUAUGUGCCCAAGUUCCGCAGCGGCUGGGAACCACCCCUGGAUGUCCUACAGGAGGCUCCCUGGGAGGUAGAGGGACUGGCAUCUGUGCCCAGUGAUCAGCUGACCCCCAAAAGCCGACUAUCCGUACGACAUUCCCCAAAGCACAGCCUCUCUUCUGAGCCCCAAGCCCCUGAGGACAUUGCACCACCAGGCAGCUCCCCACAUGCUAAUAGGGGCUACCAGCCGACGCCAGCCAUGACCAACUACGUGAAGAUCCUUUAUGAUUUCACAGCACGAAACGCCAAUGAGCUGUCUGUGCUCAAGGAUGAGAUCCUAGAGGUGCUGGAGGAUGGCCGGCAGUGGUGGAAGCUACGAAAUCGCAGUGGCCAGGCGGGCUAUGUGCCCUGCAACAUCCUGGCUGAGGCUCGGCAGGAGGACGUGGGUGCCCCCUUGGAACAGUCUGGCCAGAAAUACUGGGGUCCAGCCAGCCCCACCCACAAACUGCCCCCAAUUUUCGCAGGGAACAAAGAAGAGCUAAUCCACCACAUGGACGAGGUCAAUGACGAACUCAUGAAAAAGAUCAGCCACAUCAAGACUCAGCCGCAGCGCAACUUCCGCGUGGAGCGCAGCCAGCCCGUGCACCUGCCGCUUACCUUCGAGUCAGGUCCGGAUGAGGUCCGCGCCUGGCUGGAAGCCAAGGCGUUCAGUGGCAGGAUCGUGGAGAACCUGGGCAUCUUGACGGGACCCCAGCUCUUCUCCCUCAACAAGGAGGAACUGAAAAAAGUGUGCGGGGAAGAGGGCAGUCGCGUGUACAGCCAGCUCACUGUUCAGAAGGCCUUCCUAGAGAAACAACAAAGUGGGUCGGAGCUGGAGAAGCUUUUGAACAAGAUCAGGAGGGCUGAGGACAGCUAUACCAACCAACACACUUCACCAGAGGCAGAAGGGGCGCCACACCUGUAGUGGGCCCAACCCGAAUGCAUGGAGUAUUAUUUUUAUAUGUGUAUUAUUUUAUAUCAAGGACACCGAUGGGCUGGGUGUAACUGGUUUACCUGCCUCCAGGCAGAGUCCUGUACAUGAGCCUAGCUACACCUGUGAGUGGCUCCUUUGCCACUCCAGUCCCAGCCCAUACUCUCCUCCCCAAACCAAGGCCAGCCUCAGCCAAACCUGUACCUGGCAGUGCCAGUCCCUUCUCAACCUGCUGCCAAGGCCCCAGGACUCUCCAGGUGGACAAGGACUCUUCCCCUGGUCUUCUCAAUGCACGUGGAGGUUCUUGUUCCUUAGGAUGCUGGGCCCCAACUCCACAGCUCUCCCUUGUGUUUCUUGCUUCUAGAUUCAUUGUGUCCCUGCAUCUGUUGUGCCCUAACUGCAGGAUGGGCCUGAGCCCUCAGCUGGCCAGCUUGAUGUCCUUGCCUACAGAUUUGCCCACUCCCUUCACGCUGCUAGCAUCCCAGGAACAACCUGGUCAGGGGGCUCCAGGACAGGAGGCCUUGGGUGACCUGCUGGUAUAGUGUAUGCUGUAUUCUUUCCUUUUCAAGAUCUAAGAAUGCACCAGACAUAGAUUCUGACUUCAGAUGCUCCAUCCCACCCACCCAAAGAGCCUGUGAUAACAGAUGUCUCUGGCUAUUUCUACCAGCCUUUAUACUGGUGGCUGGGGAGUUUCCCAGCUCUGGAUGGAGCCUCAGACCCAGAGAUGAGAGUGGGGACUCCAUUACUAUGUCAAUAAACCAGCUGUCUCCUAGCAA